AUGGCACGCGCAGGACCAAGCAGAACACAGAGGUCACAAAGGGCCCCACAGCCCUCCCAGUAUCAGUCGCAACGUCCUGCUAGAGGUAGCAGAAGAGCACCUGUUGAAGAGGAAGAGGACGAAGAUGCGGAAGAUGAUGAUGACCAAGACAUGGACAUCAACGGAAGCCAAGCAAGGCUCGAUGAUGCUGACGCACAACUUGACAGGAAAGCGAGUGAUCUCGUAAGAUUCGCUCUUUUUAUGGAACAGAGGCGGACUCUUAUACGCCGAGAGGAUAUUAACAAGAAGGUGCUGGCCUCUAACUCGCGUUCAUUCAAUUCUGUGUUUGAAAGAGCGCAGAAGCUCCUAAAGAAAACUUUUGCGAUGGAACUCGUAGAACUUCAGUCGCGAAACUAUCGGGAGCAAGAUAAUGUUGUAGCUGGUGACGACCUUCAAGAGGCACGCAAUGCUACCGGAGUAAAAAAGAAAACUGCGGCUGCAGGAUCAAAGACAUAUAUUCUUCGUUCUGUUCUUGAUCCCGUCAUUAUAGAAGAGGCAGCACGGACGGAUGAACGGCUGUAUGAAGAACAGAUUGCUGACAGCCAAGAAAAUGGCGAUGACGACGACGACAUGCCGAGAAGCUACGGAUGCAUCAUCUCUUGGAGCACUACAGAUCAGGUCGGUGCCUUGGGUGUCUUGCAUGUCAUUCUAGCAAUAAUUCUCGCCAGUGGACGAUCCAUGACCGACUUGGAUUUACGUGCCCACUUAAAACGCCUCGGCCUCGCAUCGAACGAGUCCAUAUCCAUGAACACCCAGUCUACACACAAGUCUCUUCCUAUAGACACAUAUCUUGGCCAGCUGAUGAAGCAAGGAUACCUAGACCGUAUCAAGCUGGGUGACACGAAAGCGGCUGGCGGCAAACGGAGUCGCGCUCCUGCAGCGACUCAAACCAAUCCAGAUGAAACUCAAGCAUUUGAAUGGCAUUGGGGCCAUCGCUCGUAUAGCGAGAUCGGAGAACAGGCUAUUGCUACAUUCAUCGCUGAAUUUAUGGUGGAACGCAGUCGUGAUGAUGAUGCCGAGGAUGAUGACGAGGAUGGUAAAGCUGCGCGGAGCAGGGGAAAGGGAAGAGCCAGGGCUGAGGAUGGUGGUAGAGACAAGAAGCUGAAGAACGUGUACGGAGCAAUUGAAAGGGCAGCCGGGGGUAACCUGUCGGAUGUUAAAUGAGACGCUUCUUCUUAGCGUCCUUGAUAUAUUCAUUCCGUCUUUUGAUGUUACCCCACCCUGCUGAAUACUUUAAUAUAUGCCGUACUAUGCUGUAUACUACUAAUUGUCCCCUAUAUUCCACUGAUUGUAAAUCGAACUAGCAGCGUUGCCCCAGUGCGUCUGCCAUCCAUCGAUAGUAGGUGAAUGAACCUCCAGCCCUCCUCAAGGUCAUGGAGACGAGCACAGAAAACCAACAUUUCCUCAUCCCUUAAGAGUCUUCUGUGGCAAAGGAUACGUAGGCUGUACAACAUCAGCUUGCCGGUUGACAUUACUUUAUUAUCGUUCGCUCACCGGAUAAAUGUCAAGUCAUCCUCCUCAAGUUUCCAUUCAAAACAGCCAUUCCACGUGACGUCUACGCCAUCCUCUGGCACAUCUUUGCACUUGAUAUGUUCGGAUUGCCAAUCUUGGUUCUUCGAAGAAUUAAAAAGCUCUGCGUGAACAUAUGGUGUGAAUUCCGU